ACAGUGUUCGGAAAUGGAAAUCGAUGCGGAAAAUUUAAUUUAUUCCGUGUUUGCGAAGAAGCCCUUGUGGGAUAAAACAACGAAACUUUAUCGUAACAAAUCGGUUGUGGAAAAGCUGUGGAGAGAAGUUUCCACUGAGCUGGGAGAAGAUGUUACUUCGGAUGCUGCUAAAAAAAAGUCUCCGGGAUACCUUCGGAAAGGAGUUGCGGAAGGUCCCGGAAGGAAGAUCCGGUGACGCAGGCCCACUAAAUUUUGAGUCCCACACUUCCUGGCCCUACUACGAGUCGAUGCUGUUCCUCAUGCACCAAAUGCGCCCCGGAAGUCUGGAGGAAAUCUCUUCGCAGCUGGUGGGGGAAAUAAUAAAGACGGCGAAAAUGAGGAUGAUACUCAGGAAUGCCAAGAGAUUGGGGGACAGGAUAGUGUUGCUGGUGGUGUUGGGGAUCCGGAAGCAUCCAGAGCAUCGGAGUAUGCAGAUCACUCCAAUAUAAGUGAGCCCAAUUUCCAUCACCCAUCGAACAGACCCACCAAGCGAACUGGUCAUUCAAUUCGCUGCAGUUCAAUUCGCUUUUCCGCAACGCUUCGCUUCGCGUUUACUAUAUCAUCGGCCUAAUACUCUCACAA